AUGAGAUUCUCUAAAUUUUUUGGCAGAAUCCUCUUAGCCAUUUUAUAUGUAAAUGCUGGAUUCUCUCAAUUUUUCAAUUAAGAUUCCUACAUUCACUAUGUUAACAUACGAUAUCCAGUAUUUUAUGGAUACGCAUUAAAUCUUAUUGGAUCAUACUUAGAAUAUAUAGAAAUAUUAGUAUAAGCAAAAUAAUAAAUAAGAAACCAAAUAAUUUUAUUCAAUAUACACCAAAUCUAAUACUAGCCUUGGGAGUAACAUAAAUAUUGCUUGGAUUUGGUGUUGGUUUAGGAAUUCAAUAAGCUGGGUAUUGUUUAGCCUUCCUAACUGUGAUUAUAACUGGAUAUGCACAUAAUCCAUUAAUUUACUCAAACUAAGUGUAUUUGAAUUUCUUAAUUGUUUAUUAGGGAUAUUAAUAGGGAAUAUUUAUAAAUAAUUUUUAAUAUUGGAAUCAUAGGAGCUUUAUUUUUAAUUAGGAAAAACAAAAAUAAUAAAAAUGUGACAGUCAAAAAUACAGCGUAUAAUUAAUAUUCAUUUUAGUGAAUCAGACAAAAAAGAAUAGAAGAACACAGAAUAACCUAAGUAAUAGAAUAAUGAAAAAAGUAAUCAAGAAAAUACAAAAAAAAGAAAAGGAAAAGCUUUAUGA